GGGCGUGUCCUGUUGUUCAGGGAAUUGUUUAUUUCUGUUUAAACUGUCUCCAUAGUGAUAGCGCGUGCCUAGGAACGAUUUUAAACCCAUACACGACUUUGAGUUGGUGCUUGGCUACAAAUCAACUUCAGAUAAUAAGACCACCGAAAGCGACAGGAGAUCAAACCCAAGACUACACAAAGCGACAGGAAAAGAAGAAACUGAAUGGAUCUACGAAGAUUUCUCCCGGGUCUGAGGAGCUGGACUCCCCGUCAGAUCGGCUUUGCUGCGGGGCUGCUCGCUGUCUCUGCAGGUGCAGGUUACUGCGUUUACCGCUACUUGCAGGGACAAAGCGCUGCUGCUGACCACACUCAGCCAGCUCACGACUCUGUGGAUGUGCUGGGAGAAUCACUAGAUACUCCCUCUGUCCUCCAGGUCGUUGAGCCCAAACUGCUGGUGCUUCCCACGGAACCUCAGGUGGACACUUCAGCUGUCACUCUGCCUCCCAGUGCUGGUGAGCUGAAAAGAGCCUGUUGUGAUGUUCAGGUCUCUCCAGACUCCAUCAGCUCCCAGUCUGAGUCAGUUGACAUGAAGAGAGACAAAGAAACUCACCAUGACACUUCAGCUGUCAUUCUGCCUCCCAGUGCUGGUGAGCUGAAUAGAGCCUGUUCUGAUGAUCAGGUUCAGACUCCAGACACCUUCAGCUCCCAGUCUGAGUCAGUUGACAUGAAGAGAGAGAAAGAAACUCACCAUGACACUUCAGCUGUCAUUCUGCCUCCCAGUGCUGGUGAGCUGAAAAGAGCCUGUUGUGAUGUUCAGGUCUCUCCAGACUCCAUCAGCUCCCAGUCUGAGUCAGUUGACAUGAAGAGAGACAAAGAAACUCACCAUGACACUUCAGCUGUCAUUCUGCCUCCCAGUGCUGGUGAGCUGAAAAGAGCCUGUUGUGAUGUUCAGGUCUCUCCAGACUCCAUCAGCUCCCAGUCUGAGUCAGUUGACAUGAAGAGAGACAAAGAAACUCACCAUGACACUUCAGCUGUCAUUCUGCCUCCCAGUGCUGGUGAGCUGAAUAGAGCCUGUUCUGAUGAUCAGGUUCAGACUCCAGACACCUUCAGCUCCCAGUCUGAGUCAGUUGACAUGAAGAGAGAGAAAGAAACUCACCAUGACACUUCAGCUGUCAUUCUGCCUCCCAGUGCUGGUGAGCUGAAAAGAGCCUGUUCUGAUGAUCAGGUUCAGACUCCAGACUCCAUCAGCUCCCAGUCUGAGGAAUUCUCUCAAUUUAAGGAAACUGAGGAUCAUCUCACUGAAACUCAGGUAAGGGCUUAUUCAUUGUGGCAUUACAAAAUGUUGUUAACUGCAGUGACUAAGUUUGUGUGUGUUAAGGUUGUUGAGCCGUACGAUGAGCUGCUGCCCACCGCAUCUCACGAUGACCUUUCAGCUUUCGUUCUGCCUCUCACUGCUGGAAAACUGGACCACGCCUGGAAGAAUGUUCAGUUCCUCUGUGCUGACUACUUUAGCUCCCAGUCUAGGUCAGUGGAAGAUAAAACCUGCUACUUCAGGAUGAUAAGGGGUCCGGAGAGUGUGUUCUGCUGGUUUAAUAACAACAAGACCUGCUACUUGAACCACAUGGGAUUCCCUUAUGUUACCCGUAUUGAGGACUGUUUUACUGGCAUUAAGAGCGUAUCUGGGAGGGUUACAGAAUAUAUUUGCUGUAACCACGUGGAAUCAUCUGUCCUUGUGGCACUGGAGGAUUAUGGGCACAUCUUUAAGAAGGUGACCUGUACAUACCUGCAUGUGCUUGAAGAUGGGCAGGUGGACACCGCCACAUGGGAAAAGAAAGAGGUUUGCUCUCCUCACAGUUCACAGAGCAACUCUGAGGACGGUGAGGAGAGAUUUAGCCCAGAAGAGGUGGAGUUGCCCUUUAUUAGCCGCCAUCUUUCAGACAGAGAGGUGACUGACAUGGGCUUGAAGCUGCCUGCUCUCCGCCAGGUGUUUGAUACUAUUUUAGGCUGCAUGCUUAAUCUGAACUUCCUGUUUCUGACUGGAAAGAAGAUUGUGAUGCAACUGGCAGCAGCUAACAACCAGGACGCAGCUCAAGUACGGUUGGCCUACGAGGCGCUGAUUCGGUUCCUGAGGGCAUCGUCUAACCAGGAAUCCAUUGCAGCAGAGCUCUCCGGGGCCGGUCUCCAUUUCAACUUUUUGGAUGUUUUCUAUGAGCUGCUCAUCGUCGGCUACUACGGGAAUGGCUUUGUACCUGAUCCAUUUGAGGGAGGAUUCUUACAGCGGCUGAUGGCACUCGUCAGCAUGUGGGACCUGGAUGUGUGGGAGCCUGCAGCGGAGCUGUAUUUUACAGUGCUUAUUGAUCAGCUGACAGAACUUUUAGAAGUUCUGUUUUCUCAGCCGCUGGAGCUCUAUGACGACCCAGAAGCCUUGGCCACUGCAUCUACAAGACUCAUGAAGCAGCAUGUCCAGCUGAUGAUGAACACUUUGGAGAACCUCUGAGCUAUGUGUUCCCUUAACCCUACACCUCCCCAUUCCCUGCCAUCCCUCACCCCAGAGAGACACACGCACACACACCCAUCACAUUUCAUACUUAUUUCCUUUACUAACCCCACAUUUGCCCCACAUAGCUCAAGCUCUCCACAGGUAGGUAUAAAUAUAUUUUGUUAUAUUUUAGCUACCUCUGUACAUAAAUGUCUCUUCUUGUCUUUUUUAACAGGUCUUCAGGACUCCAGGACAUCAUUUUUAUAUCAUUUUUAGCCUCUGUAGAAUUUUUCUUUCCCUUUAUCAAUCCCACCACCCCAAUUACCCCCUUAUACCUCUUUGUAGAAUGUAGAAACAGUAUCCUAUAAUCAUCUGUAAAUAGUUCUUUAUCUGUAAAUAGUUUUAUCUUUUAGUA